ACAAACUGGAAAACACAAUGUGCCUCUCUAUUGGGGCUGGGAUCCACAAGAGCCUGCCUGGGGGUAUGUGUCAGUUUGUGGGUGCAAAUCCUCAGUAUCCACACUGCAUGGCAUUUAUCACAUUCUUUCAAGCAAUGCCUCCAAAAGCAAAGGAGAAUGGGGCAAUCUCCUUGAUCCCUCCAGUGAUUCUUCCAAAAGGAGAGAGGAAAACAGAGGCUUUGCCAGGUGGUAUGUCCAUUGUCACACAACUGGCCCACAAUAACAGCACAGAUGGGACCCCUGUGUGCCAGGCCCUGGGUCCUGGCUUCCUUCUAGCCCCCAUACCACAUUUGAGCCUAGGCCAGGCAGUGGUGAAAAGCCCACUUUCUGGUGCCCUUUUGGCUGUGCUUUUAGAGCUCCUGUCCCACAAAGGGUCACUGAGGCCCAAGGAGUGUGUGAGGGGACCGAGGAUGCCUAGUAAGGGGAUAUCUAGUGGGCCCAGGACCCCAGGACUGUGUCCUCCUUAGGGCUCCUGGGGUGAGUAAGAGCUCCCUUACUCAGCCAUGAUGCAUUCACUGCCUUCUUCAGGGGCCCCUCCCAGCCAGGUGUCAGCAGAGGGGGAGGAGAGCCAAAAAAGGAGGAGGUGCGGGCACCACCCUAGUCCAAGGCUGCUGGCUCCCAUGCUUGGUGUUGGUGGGAGGGACAGAGAGGGGCGGGAACAGCCGGUUGCCUGCCGGGAGCCAAAACGAAAGCACUCCAGGCUGGAAGUAGGACGAGAGUCGACUCCCAGGAGAGGGAGUGCACAAACUCUCCAGUUCGGCCCCCACUGCCUCCUUUGGAGGCUGGGGAAGGAUUCCAGCCCCUGCCACACACAGACACGGGCUGACUGGGGUCAGGGGUCAGGUGUCUGCCCCCCUUAGGGGGGCAGCACAGGACCUCAGGCCCGUGUGCCGCCUGGAACCUGGAAGAUGCCUGUACCCUGGUUUUUGCUGUCCUUGGCACUGGGCCGAAGCCCCAUGGUCCUUCCUCUGGAGAGGCUUGUGGGGCCUCAGGACGCUACUCACUGCUCACCGGGCCUCUCCUGCCACCUCUGGGACGAUGACAUACUCUGCCUGCCUGGGGACAUCGUGCCUGCUCUGGGCCCCGUGCUGGUGCCUACACACCUGCAGACAGAGCUGGUGCUGAGGUGCGGCAAGGAGACCGACUGUGACCUCUGUGUGCGUGUCGCUGUCCACUUGGCUGUGCAUGGUCACUGGGAAGAGCAUGAAGAUGAGAAAAAGUUUGGAGGAGCAGCUGACCCAGGGCUUGAGAAGCCUAGGAAUGCCUCUCUCCAGGCCCAAGUCGUGCUCUCCUUCCAGGCCUACCCUACUGCCCGCUGCGUCCUGCUGGAGGUGCAAGUGCCUGCUGCCCUUGUGCAGUUUGGUCAGUCUGUGGGCUCUGUAGUAUAUGACUGCUUCGAGGCUGCCCUAGGGAGUGAGGUGCAAAUCUGGUCCUAUACUCAGCCCAGGUACGAGAAGAAACUCAACCUCACACAGCAGCUGCCUGACUGCAGGGGGCUCGAAGUCCGGAACAGCAUCCGGAGCUGCUGGGCCCUGCCCUGGCUCAACGUGUCUGCAGAUGGUGACAAUGCGCGCCUGGUCCUGAAUGUCUCCGAGGAGCAGCACUUCAGCCUCUUCCUGUACUGGAAGCAGGUCCAGGGUCCCCCAAAACCCUGGUGGCAAAAAAACCUGACUGGACCACAGAUCAUUACCUUGAACCACACAGACCUGGUUCCCUGCCUCUGUAUUCAGGUGUGGCCUCUGGAACUUGACUCCUUUAGGACUAACAUCUGCCCCUUCAGGGAGGACCCACGUGCACACCGGAACCUCUGGCGUGCCGCCCGGCUGCGACUGCUGACUCUGCAGAGCUGGCGACUGGAGGCACUGUGCCCACUGCCCGCUGAAGCGGCACUGUGUUGGCAGGCUCCAGGUGGGGACCCUUGCCAGCCACUGGUCCCGCCGCUUUCCUGGGAGAAUAUCACUGUGAACAAGGUUCUCGAGUUCCCAUUGCUAGAAGGCCACCCUAACCUCUGUGUUCAGCAGGUGAACAGCUGGGAGAAUCUGCAGCUGCAAGAGUGCUUGUGGGCUGACUCCCUGGGGCCUCUCAAUGAUGAUGUGCUACUGUUGGAGACAAGAGGCCCCCAGAACAACAGAUCCUUCUGUGCCUUGGAACCCAGUGGCUGUACUUCACUGCCCAGCAGAGCCUCCACGAUGGCAGCUCGCCUUGGAGAGUACUUACUACAAGACCUGCAGUCAGGCCAGUGUCUGCAGCUGUGGAAUGAUGACCUGGGAGCGCUAUGGGCCUGCCCCAUGGACAAAUACUCCCACAAGCGCUGGGCCCUCGUGUGGCUGGCCUGCCUACUCUUUGCCGCUGCGCUUUCCCUCUUCCUCCUACUCAGAAAGGAUCACGCGAAAGGGUGGCUGAGGCUCUUGAAACAGGACGUCCGCAAGGGGGCAGCCGCCAGGGGCCGCGCGGCUCUGCUCCUCUACUCAGCCGAUGACUCAAGCUUCGAACGCCUGGUGGGCGCCCUGGCGUCGGCGCUGUGCGAGCUGCCGCUGCGCGUGGCCGUAGACCUGUGGAGCCGUCGUGAACUCAGCGCACAGGGGCCCGUGGCCUGGUUCCAUGCGCAGCGGCGCCAGACCCUGCAGGAGGGCGGCAUGGUGGUCCUGCUUUUCUCGCCCGGGGCGGUGGCGCUGUGCAGCGAGUGGCUACAGGAUGGAAUGUCUGUGCCCGGGGCGAACUGCCCACACGACGCCUUCCGCGCCUCGCUCAGCUGCGUGCUGCCUGACUUCUUGCAGGGCCGGGCGUCCGGCCGCUACGUGGCGGCCUGCUUCGACAGGCUGCUCCGCCCGGACGCCGUGCCUGCCCUUUUCCGCACCGUGCCCGUCUUUUCACUGCCCUCCCAGCUACCGGACUUCUUGGGGGCCCUGCAGCGGCCCAGCGCCCUGCGUCCCCGGCGGCUCCGAGAGAGUGCGGAACAAGUGUCCCGGGCCCUUCAGCCAGCCCUGGAGAGCUACUUCCAUCCUCCGGGAACGCCCGGGCAGGGACGCGGGGUGGGACCUGGGACAGGGGACGGGACUUGAAUAAAGGUAGACGCUGUUUUUCUACCCA